UUAUAUAGACAAAUACAAUAACCUUCGAGCAUAAGUUUAGUUCAUACAGUACUUUUCCACAGUUUAUAUAGUAGAACACAGUAGCAAAGAGAUCAGCCUAAACCAGACUAAACAAAUUACAACGAGAUUGUUCUAGGGACAUUACUCACAUAAUGUACUGAAAACAAUAUAGGACAAGAAUGUGAUUAGAGGUACUUUAACGUCAUUACAAAGAAAACACAUAUGUCCUAUAAACAAGAAACUAAAUAGCGUGCGACUAAGGCGUGGAAAAGCAUCAGAUAGAAGUAUAAAAACAAAGUAAGCUGAUACAUUUAAAAUGGAUGCUGACAGCAAAAUGGAGUUAAGUUUGUUCAUUUUCUUUCUCAGAAUCUCUGACCCCGAUGUUCAUUGUGUUUGUAUUGUUCUUCGCAGACAGCGAAAACUGCAUGAAAUGUCCUGAUGAAGAAUGGCCAAAUGAGAAGAAGGAUCGGUGUGUUCCAAAAUUGGUGGAAUUUCUCUCCUACACUGAUGAUCCCAUUGUUGGAGUAUUCUCAGCUGUCUCCAUCCUCUGUUGUCUUCUGACUGGUUUAAUAUUGGGGAUAUUUAUACAUUACCAGGACACCCCCAUUGUUAAAGCUAAUAACCGGAACCUGAGCUAUCUUCUCCUGGUCUCCAUCAUGCUGAGCUUCCUCUGUGUCUUCUUGUUCCUCGGCCAUCCAGUAGAUGUGACCUGUAUGCUGCGUGUCACCUCUUUUGGUGUCAUCUUCUCAGUUGCCGUCUCUUCUCUACUUGCCAAAAGUAUCAUGGUGUGUAUUGCUUUUAAAGCCACCAAACCUGGGAGUCCCUGGAGGAAAUGGAUGGGACCCAAACUGCCCAAUUUUAUCAUUUUUGUCUUUUCACUGGUUCAAUUCAUAAUCUGUGUCACUUGGUUGUCUAUUUCUCCUCCCUUCCAGGAUCGGGACACUCACUCUUAUCAGGGGAAGAUCAUCAUUCAGUGUAAUGAGGGUUCAGUUAUCGGCUUCUACUCUGUCCUGGGAUAUAUGGGGCUUCUGGCAGCUGUGAGCUUCAUUAUCGCUUUUUUAGCCAGGACAUUACCGGACAGUUUUAAUGAGGCCAAGUACAUCACCUUCAGCAUGCUGGUGUUCUGCAGUGUCUGGAUUGCCAUGAUCCCGGCCUAUCUGAGCACCAGAGGGAAAUACAUAGUGGCUGUGGAGGUUUUUGCCAUAAUGGCCUCAAGUUCUGGACUUCUUGGCUGUAUAUUUUUUCCCAAAAGUUACAUAAUUCUCUUCAGACCCGACCUGAAUACAAAAACAGCAAUCCACUAAUAUGUAUGGAGCAACACUGGGUUACCAGUAGUUAUAGCAUUAUCUCUAUUAUUGGAAAUUUUAGUAAUUUGCUAGUGUAUUGAGAAUGUUAAAUUUUUACAUUUAAUACUUACCUCUCUGAUGGAUGGUGACUUUAACUGGAUACCACUGGAAUCAGACAAUUUUGGUUUGUUGAAAACCUUGUCCCCUGCUGGGUGUAGUGGUUCCUCCCACCAGCUGUUACAUCACUACAGAACAAUGUAGUCACUUAGUGAGGAGGAACCACAGUGACCAGAGGAGGACAAAGUAUCCAAAUCAUCCUAAAGUGUCCAAUACCAGAGACACCCAUCACUCUUCCAGAGAGGGAAGAUUUCACUCACCACCUUCCCGGAAGAUAAAUAUUAAACAUGUUCUUUUUAUAAGCUAUGUGUAAUGUAUUUGUAGUGUCAGGGUCACUUUAAAUAUAUUGUAUAUAGAUGU